AUGGAUCUUAAUGCUCGGCCCUCCCUCUCGUCGUUGUACAACGAAAUAGAGAGUUCCGACUCUUUACGAGCGCGGAAUCUCCAAUUGGGGGAGGAUCUGGAGCGAAUCCAUGAAAUGGAACGGAACCUCCAGAACGAGAGGGAUCCCGACCGUCGUCGGGAAGUAGCCGCGCGCAUAGAUCGGGAGGUGCGCGAGCUGGAGCGACAAAUUUCCCUCUGUCAAACCCGGGAUGCAGUUCGGGAUGAUCAACUGGACGUAUGGAGGGAGGGGCUUUAUGAGGAAUUAGCAACGCAAGGGGAGAAACAGGCCCGCCUUACGUUACUAAAUUCGUGGCUCAAGGUGUACAACAACCUUAACCGCGCAAGCCUGGGCUGGGCCUACCUCCAUCCUUAG